UAAAAUUUAUUUUGUAGUAUAUAAAUAUAAUAUAUAUAUAUAUAUGUAAUAGAUCAUUGUUCGUUCAUGCGCGAACGCAUUGAUCUCAUUGUUGAUUGAUGAUUAUAUCGUCAUUAAAAUGAUUUGCCGAAAGUCGCGCGCGAAAUCGUUUCAUCACAAUUCUCCACGAUUGCCUUGCACAUUUUAACAGAGAAAUGCUGCGUAUAUAUGACGAUGAAUUCAAGAAGCGAUGAAUUAUUGAAUAGAUAUCUUGCGUCGGCAGAUUUUAGCGAAUGUCUCCACCGCGAUCUAGAAUCGUAAUAUAAUUUCGGUAGCGGCACAAAAUUUUAUUUUUCAGAAAUGUUACAUUGUAAAUUAGCGUUAUUUGAUAAGAUAAUCAUUGCAUGGCUUUUCAUUCCGACGUAAUGAGUUAAAGAGAAAAAAAAUAGUAUAAUAUUGCAGCGUGAAAGCGUAAUAGAGAGAGAAUGAAAUUUCACAUUUGAUUGUAUACGAAAUUUCUCAUGUCAUUCUUAUAAAGAUAAAGAAUAUAACGUAGAUUGCAGGGAAGUUUUUCAUUUAUUUGCAAUAUAUCUACUUGAAGAUUAACGCGAGCCAAUAUCAAGUUCGUGCGAUAUGUGUUCUGCUUUUCACGCACGCUCGUCAUCAUUAAGGGCAAUGAAAAAAUUUGCAAAAAAAAAAAGAGAAAAAUCUUUGCGUACAUAAUUUCUACAUAUAAUACGAUACGUAUAAUAUAUAUUUUAGAGUAAUCUAAAGUAAUUUUUCUUGUCGCGGGCAAAAAAUAAGAUUUACACUAUCGAAAAUCGAUCGUAUUGCUUGUACAAAUCAAACUUAUUAUGAACUCAUUUUUCGAUCACACCGUCCCGGCGCCAUUAAUGAUGCUGAAUGUGCGAUAUGAUGUGGAUCUCGGCACAAGUUACUGGCCUAUAAAAAGCGCAUUAGCAUGAUUGACAUACACUGCAAUCCGAUGAUAGUAAUAAAUAAAAUAGUAGAGAGUUAUAUAUAGCAAGCGCGACAGACGCGGCUGCCGGCUUUGCUCUAAAUAGAAUGAUAAGAAAAUGAGAUAGAGGGCACCGCCGCGUCUUCGAUAUAAAUAAUCGUCCGAUCCACUUAAACAAAAUAUGGAAAAUAUGAGAAGAAUUAGAUAUGACCACCAACACAAGAAACCUAUUGUAUCACAUUUCGAGAAAUAUAUGUAUUUGUUAUUGUUUUAAUUGAAUCCUACAGUUGUCCUACCAUAUCCUAUUUUUCCACAUAUACAUAGCUCCUAAUUUUUUCUCGACAACAAGAGUUCAAUGUAUUCGAUCGGUAUUAGAUGAGCUUAUUUAUUUAUUAUUAUUUAGUUAACUUCGUCCGUGUGCGACCUCCGAAUUGUAUUUCCCUUGAAAUUAUUGCGGUAAUAAGUUUUACUGUGUGCGUGAAACAAGCGUCAGACAAACAUUACGUUAAAGUAUAUCAAACGUUAUUGGUAACAUCACAUCAAUUGCGUUAAAAAGUUAUUAAAAACAAAAAGGUAAAGUUUGCGGCAAUAUGGGCUAUCUUCUUCCUGCGAUUACUUUAAAUCGCUUUUCGAUGUUUAACCCUUUAAUGAGGUAUUUUUCAUCUCAAACAAUUGAUUGGAAACACGAAGAAAUGGUGGAUACCCGAAAAUAAAGGUUUUGCUAUCGACAACAUUAGAUCAUACAAUAUCACUUUUUCUGAAGAAUUUGUGAACAAUUUAAAAUCUAAAUUAAGAAAUAGUGAAAUUGUACAAAAACCAAACAAAAGUGCAUAUAUUAAAAACAAUAAAAUGAUUAUUUUGUCUAAACUUUUGCGUCAUUGGGCAUAUACUUAUGAUUUUAAGGCAGGCGAGAAAUACAUAAAUUCAUAUCCACAAUUUGUAACUAAUAUUCAAGGAUUAUACAUUCAUUUUGUUCAUAUAACGCGACACGUGAAGAAACCUAAUGUGGAGAAAAAUCAUAUGCCAUUGCUACUUUUACACGGAUGGCCAAGUUCAAUAAUGGAAUUUUAUAAGGACAUACAACUUAAGUUUGCAGAAGAGCGUGAAAUAAUAAUACCUUCUUUGCCUGGAUUUGGUUUCUCCAGUUCACCAACAAUACCUGGUUUCACAUGUAUUGAGAUGAGUGUAGUUUUAAAAAAUCUUAUGUUAAGGCUUGGUCAUGAUAAAUUUCGCGUUCAAGAUGGCUCUUACGGUGCUAAUAAUGGGCAUAUUAUGUCGAUACUAUUUCCGCAACACGUGGAUGACACUUUAAACAUACAUGAUAAACAAGAAAUGCCAUUUGUAAAAUAUACAAAAAGAUUCAGAAAUACUUUUACGCAAGCUAAUCAAAUAUACACAACUAGUAUAUAUUUUGAUUUAAACAAAUCACCAAAUGUUUUGGCAGAGUACCUUAUAGAGCAAAUUCUUCGCGCAGAUCCACUGAAUGUCUUAGAAAAAAAGAUAAACAUUAACACAGAAAUGAUUGAUAAUCUAAUGAUGUAUUGGAGAACAAAGUGCAUAUAUAGAGCCAUGCAAACAUAUAAAGCACAAUUUGAAAAACUACCAACUGACUUUAUUGAUUUAUUGUUGCACACUUAUGGUAUUAUUAAAGAAUAAGUUAUUAUUAUAAAAUUUAGGAUAAAUUACAAAUAGUGAGUAACAUUUUUUUGCAAAGAUCUUCGAUCUUACUAGUAUUAAAAAAAAAUAGUUCUUGAAUUCCUUGGACGAUACAUUAAAAUCAUUUUUUUUUAAUAAUGGAA